UUCUGUAAAUGGGAUGAGGGUGAUUAGCUGGGUUUAGGAUGACGUACAGUAACUUUGUGUUUAAUCAUUUGGAUCCUUGGCUUUUCUCCUCCCUUUGCAGAUAGAGGGACACCACAAUUUGCGUCUGUACCUGAGGACACUGCUGUUUUAAUUAUUGACAUGAAUUUUUUUUUUUAAGAUCAUGAAAAUAAUGUGUUAACAUUGGCGUUUACCUUUGGAGGAACCUGAGUUGGACUUAGUCUAUUAUGGGUGUGAAGAUCAUCAUGAAAGUAGCUAACACGUUCUCGCUUUUCUGGAAUGGAUUACACAUUGCACCUUGAACGUACUUUCAGCGUUCAACCACUGUAAGCUACAUCCACCAGACUUUUUUGGCUUUUAUUUCGGACUUUAACUAGUUGUUCAACAUGGCUCUUAUGAAGGUAAAGUUUGACCUGAAGAAACGGGUGAAGCUGGCCCAGAUGCUAUGGCUCAUGUACUGGUUUUCCAUUAUGGCAGGCGUGCUGGUCUUCAGCAUGGGCCUUUUCUUUAAAAUCGAACUGCGCAAGAGAAGCGAACUUAUGGACAACAAUGAAAGUCAUUUUGUACCCAACAUUCUCAUCGGAGUGGGGCUUUUAGCAUGUUGUCUCAAUGCCUGUGGGGGUAAAAUCUGCUACGACUCGCUUGACUCCACCAAGUUUGUGAAAUGGAAGACCAUUUUAAAGCCCUUUCUCAUUUGUUGUUUGUUCUUCAACGUCCUCCUCAUCGUCACAGCGGCUAUGUGUUUUGCCAUGCGCAUUCCUCUUGAGUUCACACUUGCUGAGGGCCUAAAAAAUGGAAUGAAGUACUACAAGGACACUGAUACACCCGGACGCUGCUACAUGAAGAGAACACUGGAUCUCAUGCAGAUGGAGUUCCGCUGCUGUGGCAACAACAACUACAAAGAUUGGUUUGAGAUCCAGUGGGUGAGCAACCGUUACUUGGACUUCAGCUCUAAAGAAGUGAAAGACCGAAUCAGCAGCAACGUGGAUGGAAAAUACCUAAUGGAUGGAGUUCCCUUUAGUUGCUGCAACCCUAGCUCUCCACGGCCCUGCAUCCAACAGCAAAUUACCAACAACUCGGCUCACUACAGCUACGACCACUACACCGAAGAGCUAAACAUCUGGAAACGUGGCUGCCGAGACGCUCUUGUGUCCUACUAUGGCGGAAUGAUGAACACCAUUGGGAUACUUGUGCUGAUGGUCACCCUGUUGCAAAUUGCUGUAAUGAUUGGACUUCAGUAUGUUAACACAUCUCUGUCCACACUGGUCAACCCAGACGACCCUGAGAGCGAGAGCGAGGGCUGGAUCCUGGAGAAAACCGUCAAAGAGACCUUCACUGACAUCAUGGCUAAGAUGAAGGCCAUGGGAAAAGGCAAUCAAGUGGACGAAGGGGCAAACGAAGAAGGUGUUGCCACUGACAGCUGAGCAAGCCCCGCCCACCUAACUUUGGCCACACCUACCUGAGGUAGAGAGCUGUGGGACACAGCCUAAAACUGUAAUUAUAUCACUCAAACUACACACAGUGUAGACAAAGCCAAUUAAGUGAAGAACCGGUGAAGUAAAAUGUAAAUACAAACAUUUGUCCGUCAGUUACAUUCCUUUAAUUAAAUUAGUAGGCCCCAUAUUAGAAAAAAACAACAACCUCAUAUUAACAUUCAAAUGUUUGGCUUAUAAAGAGUGGAAAAUGUAAUUUACCCAAAUGUAAUUUUGCCAGCUUCGCUUUUCCCUUUGACUUUGUACUUUGCUACACAAACAACAAUUUUAUAGUCUUGUUUUAAUUCAUAUUUGAGUUGAUAUUCAACCUAAGAAUGGCUAGUCAGCGAUUUGGAAUAGUGUGAAAGAUAUAAAUAUGGAAACUAGCCUCAGUACAGUGAGUACUUCUAUUUAUUAGGAAUAAACAAUGCUAUUUGUCAUGUGACAGGUAUGACAAAUAAAAAGAAAACAUGAGAAGCUAGACAGGUAUGAAAUGUGGAGUGAGAGUGCACAAACUUUUGACAAAUGGAGAGACAACAAGUUAAAUGUUUUAAUUUAUUUUAAAGUAAUGUUUUAUUAAAAAAUAAAAUAAAAGUUAUAUUUUUGAGGUACCAGGGUUGUGAUUAGGGAAAGGGUAAAAAAAAUUAUAAUAUAUUUUUGUGACCCGUCCGAUGAUAAGUAUACUGCUAUGGUAUACUGCUAAAAGGAAAGGCUGAUUUUACAGGUUUAGGAGACAAUGUUUGAGGCUCCAAAUAUGUGCUAUGGUACAGAGGGAUAACCAGGUCCAGGGUGAGGGGAUGCUUGAGAAGGCCCCUGGAGUUGAGGAGACAGCUUAAGACUGGCAGCUAAACCCUGACCUGUGACUUCUGCAUCCCACUGCUGGGAGCUCCUGUGCUUUUAUAUCCGCACAACUACUCCAUGAAACGUCCCAGGCCAGAGACUGAAACUCUAUGCUCAAACCUGUAAUUUUUUGUAAUUAUUUUAUUUUAAUUCUAAUUGUGUGUCUAUGUAAAUAGUGUAGAAUUAUUUCAAAAUAUAUUUUUCUUUUUGUAAAAAUACAGUUUACAUGAAAAUACAAUUACUUGUAAGGAAAGUUGACUUUACUAGAAUGGUGUCUGGUGCAUAGUGUUUGUUAUUGUGAA